AUGUAUCUUUCUAACUUAUUUUCUGGUUGUGUUUUCUCCCCACGUUGUGUCAAUUGUCACUCUUCCACUUCUCUCUAUAAUUAUCAUCUCCAUCUUUAACUUCUGUGGUUUCCAUUGCUCUCUCUUCUUAGUAUUUCUUUUCCACAUCUCAGUUCUCACUCUAAGUUCCCUCAAAACAACUCAUCACUGCCAGAUCAAACUCACCGCUGAUGGUGGUUUUUUAAGAUGCAGCUGUACAGUGAAGGUGAAAAAAUACAGAGGGGUAAGAUGAACCAGAGACGAUUUCACUUGUGAAAGGAAGAAGAAGAGAAGUAGAGAGACCCACGGUGGCUUGAAUUGAUGUUUGUAGGGGUCUUGAGAUGGCACAUAGAAGGGGUUCUGAUCAGCAAAUGUCAUGGACGAAUUUAGAAGAACCGAUUUUGGAUAGUGAGGCGGUGCCUUCUUCUUUGGUUGAGAUUGCUCCAAUUCUUCGUGUGGCAAAUAAAGUUGAGGCUAGCGAACCAAGAAUUGCUUAUCUCUGUCGGUCUUAUGCCCUGGAAAAAGCGCACAGACUAGAUCCAAUAUGUAGUGGACGUGGUGUUCGCCAAUUUAGAACUGCACUACUUCAACAUUUGGAAAGGGAAAAUGAGAUGACAUGGGCAGGUAGGACGAAAAGGAGUGAUGCUAGUAUAAUGCAGGAUUUUUAUUAUCAUUACUACCAAAAUUAUAUUCAUGCUUUGCCGGCUGCUGUUGAUAAUGCCGUACUUACUGAAGCAUAUCAAACUGCUGCAGUCCUAUUUGAGGUUUUGAAGGCUGUAAAUCAUAUAGGGGAUAUUGAAGUGGCUGAUAAGAUUUUGCAAGUACACGAUACCGUUGCGGAGAAGAUGCAGUUAUAUAUGCCUUAUAAUAUUCUUCCUCUUCAUCUAGUUGGACAUGAUCAACCUAUUAUGAGAUAUCCUGAGAUUCAAGCUAUUGUUUCUGCAAUUCGUAACAUCAGUGGUUUGCCAUGGCCAAAGGGCAUCCCGAAGAAAGUAAAUGAAGACAUUCUAGACUGGCUUCAGGCCCAGUUUGGUUUUCAGAUGGAUAAUGUUGCAAAUCAAAGGGAGCACUUGAUUCUUUUGCUUGCAAAUGUGCACAUACAACAAUUCCCAAAGCCUGAUCAGCAACCCAAGUUGAAUGGUCGUGCUCUGAAGAAAGUGAUGAAGAAACUUUUCAGAAACUACAAAAAUUGGUGCAAGCAUUUGGAUGUCAAAAGUAGCCUUUGGUUACCAACAAUUCCACAGGAAGUGCAGCAGCGAAAAUUACUGUACAUUGGUUUAUAUCUUCUUAUAUGGGGAGAAGCUGCGAACUUGAGAUUCAUGCCAGAAUGCCUUUGCUAUAUUUAUCAUCAUAUGGCAUUUGAGUUGUAUGGGAUGCUGGCUGGAAGUAUUAGUCCAAUGGCUGGUGUGCCUGUAUCGCCAGCCUAUGGUGGUGAUGAUGAGUCUUUUCUAAAGAAAGUAGUAACUCCAAUAUAUGAGACAAUAGCAAAGGAAGCUCAAAGAAGCAAGGGAGGAAAUUCAAAGCAUUCUCAGUGGAGAAAUUAUGAUGAUUUAAAUGAAUACUUCUGGUCAGUUGAUUGUUUUCGGCUAGGUUGGCCUAUGCGUGCUGAUGCUGAUUUCUUUUGCCAACCUCUGGAACAGCUUCAAGUAGACAAAAAGGAUGAUGAGAAACCUUAUACUGGGGAUCAAUGGAUUGGAAAAACAAAUUUUGUUGAAAUACGCUCAUUUUGGCAUAUCUUCAGAAGUUUCUAUAGAAUGUGGAGCUUUUAUAUUUUGUGUUUGCAGGCUAUGAUCAUCAUUGCUUCGAAUGGGUCAGGGAAAUUAAUAUCCAUAUUUGAUGGUGAUGUUUUCAAGAAGGUGUCGAGUAUCUUCAUAACUGCUGUAAUACUGAAGCUUGUACAAGCUGUCCUUGAUAUUGUCCUGAACUGGAAAGCAAGGCAGAACAUGUCAAUAUAUGUAAAGCUAAGAUACAUUUUGAAGGCUGUUACUGCGGCAGCAUGGGUCAUAGUUUUAAUAACAACUUAUGCCUAUAGUUGGAAAAAUCCUCCAGUGUUUGCACAGACCAUUAAGAGUUGGGUUGGCAACAAUCGAAGUUCACCUUCUUUGUACAUUUUGGCUGUCCUCAUUUUCUUCUCUCCAAACAUGCUCUCCACAGUGUUGUUUCUGUUCCCAUUCAUUGGUCGAUUUCUUAAAAGAUCAAACAAUAAGAUUGCGAUGCUCUUGAUGUGGUGUAUUCAGCCUCAGCUCUAUGUUGGAGGAGCAAUGCAUGAGAGCUCAAUUUCGAUUAUCAAGUACACCAUGUUUUGGGUUCUCCUGAUUGCAUCAAAAUUAGCAUUCAGUUACUACAUAGAGAUUAGGCCUCUUGUGGGUCCAACAAAACUUAUAAUGCAAGUUCAUGUAACUACAUUUCAGGGGCAUGAGUUCUUUCCUCAGGCCAAGAAGAACAUCGGUGUAGUAAUUGCACUUUGGGCUCCUGUAAUUAUUGUCUACUUUAUGGAUACUCAGAUUUGGUAUGCUAUCUUCUCCACACUAUUUGGUGGUAUAUAUGGUAUUUUUCGCCAUAUUGGAGAGGACCGAACAUCGGCAAUGCUGAGGUUGCGAUUUGAAUCACUGCCCGGUGCUUUUAAUGCUUGCUUAAUUCCAGUGGAAAGGAAUGAGAAAACCAAGAAGGGACUAAAGGCCACUUUCUCUAGCAAAUUUGAUGAGAUCCCUUCUAAUAAAGGGAAGGAGGCAGCAAAGUUUGCUCAGUUGUGGAACCAAAUUAUCAGUUGUUUUAGAGAGGAGGAUCUAAUAACGAACUGGGAAAUGGAUCUGUUGCUUGUUCCAUACUGGGCCGAUCCUGAUCUGGAUCUUAUCCAAUGGCCCCCUUUUUUACUUGCUAGCAAGAUUCUUGCAGCAUUGGAUAUGGCUAGAGACAGCAAUGGAAGAGAUAGUGAGUUGAGAAAGAGAUUAAAAGAAGAUAAGUACAUAAAUUAUGCUGUUUGCGAGUGCUAUGCUUCAUUCAAAAAUAUAAUAAGCCUUUUGGUUCUCAGAGAACGUGAAAAAUUGAUUAUAAAUGAAAUUUUCUUCAAGGUUGACAGUCAUAUAGAAAAAGGAGAUUUGAUGAAGGAACUAAAUUUGAGUGCUCUUCCUAGCCUCUAUGAACAAUCUGUUGAGCUCAUUGACUAUUUGUUGGCAAAUGAAAAUGAGCAUAAGGAUCAGGUUGUAAUUGUCUUGCAAAACAUGCUAGAAAUUGUGACCAAAGAUAUAUUGGACGAAGAGAUUUCUAGUUUGGCAGAGUCAAGUCAUGGUGGCUAUUAUGGAAUCCAUCAGGGAAUGGCACCCCGUGAUCUAUAUCUACCUCUAUUUUGUGAUGGACUUAGAUUUCCUGUUGAACCAGAAACAGAAGCUUGGAAGGAAAAAAUUAAAAGGCUUCAUCUAUUGCUUACCACAAGGGAGCCUGCUAUGGAUGUGCCAUCCAACUUGGAAGCCAGAAGACGCAUUUCUUUCUUCUCCAAUUCAUUGUUUAUGGACAUGCCUACUGCACCCAAAGUUAAAAAUAUGCUUUCCUUCUCUGUCCUCACUCCUUACAAUAGAGAGGAUGUUCUUUACUCCAUGAAUGACCUAGAAGUGCCCAAUGAAGAUGGACUUUCCAAACUUUUUCACUUGCAGAAGUCCUUUCCAGAUGAAUGGCGUAACUUUCUUGAGCGGGUCCAGUGUAGUAAUGAAGAACUCAUAGCAACUGAAGAAAUGGAAGAAGAACUUCGUUUAUGGGCAUCGUAUAGAGGCCAAACAUUGGCCAGAACUGUACGAGGCAUGAUGUAUUACCGGAAGGCUUUGGAACUUCAGGCCUUUCUGGAUGUGACAAAGGGUGAAGAUCUUAUGAAAGGCUACAAGGCUGCUGAACUAGAUCAUGAGAAAAAAAGGAUUGGUGAAAUGUCAUUAUUGGCACAAUUUCAAGCAAUAGUGGAUUUGAAAUUCACAUAUGUGGUGUCAUGCCAGCAGUAUGGCAUUGAUAAACGGUCUGGUCAUCCUCGUGCCAAAGACAUUCUAAAGCUUAUGACAAAGUACCCAUCUCUUCGUGUAGCUUACAUUGAUGAAGUUGAAGAACCUAGGAAAGGUUACUCCAAAAAAGGGGUUCAAAAGGUCUAUUAUUCAACACUUGUAAAGGCUGAUCCAUCAUAUUCAGAUAUUUCGCCAGGCCUAAAUUUGGACCAGGUUAUAUAUCGGAUAAAGCUUCCUGGGUCUGUGAUACUUGGCGAGGGCAAGCCAGAAAAUCAAAAUCAUGCCAUUAUUUUUACACGUGGGGAAGUCUUGCAAACAAUAGAUAUGAAUCAGGUUAACUAUAUGGAAGAAGCCUUCAAAAUGAGGAACUUGCUGCAAGAAUUUCUUAAAAAACAUGAUGGUAUGAGACUUCCAACUAUCCUUGGACUUCGGGAACAUAUAUUUGCUGAGAGUGUUUCAUCUUUAGCAUGGUUUAUGUCAAAUCAGGAGAAUAGUUCGGAAACUGUUGGGCAGCAAUUGUUAGCUAACCUUCUAAAAGUUCGGUUCCACUAUGGUCAUCCAGAUGUGUUUGAUAGACUCUUCCACCUUACUAGAGGGGGUUUCAGCAAAGCUUCCAAAGUCAUCAAUUUAAGCAAGGACAUAUUUGCAGGUUUUAAUUCUACAUUACGUGAAGGAAAUGUUACUCAUCAUGAAUAUAUUCAAGUUGGUAAAGGGAGAGAUUUCGGCCUUGAACAGAUCACAAUGUUUGAGGCAAAGAUAGCUAAUGGGAAUGGUGAACAGACAUUGAGUCGUGACAUAUAUAGGCUUGGGCACCUAUUUAAUUUCUUCCGGAUGCUGUCAUUUUAUUUCACCACUGUUGGUUUUUAUUUCAGUACCUUGCUGACUGUGCUUACAGUAUAUGUGUUUCUCUAUGGCCGCCUUUAUCUAAUUCUCAGUGGACUUGAAGAGGGACUGAGCACUGAGCCUGUUAUUCAAGGCAAUAAGCCUCUUCAAGAGGCCCUUGCUUCUCAGUCUUUUUCUCAAAUUGGAUUUCUUAUGUCCUUGCCAAUGAUGGUGGAAACUAGUUUGGAAAAAGGCAUCCAUAGUGCGUUUACUGAUUACAUUUUGAUGCAAUUACCAUUAAGUGAUUUUAUAUUGAUGCACUUACAGUUGGGUCCUAUCUUCUUCACAUUUUCUUUGGGAACAAAGGCCCACUAUUAUGGAAGGACAUUGCUUCAUGGGUGUGCACAAUACGGAGGUGUAGGUCGUGGUUUUGCAGUGGUCCAUGCUAAGUUUUCUGAGAACUAUAGGCUCUACUCUCGCAGUCAUUUUGUUAAGGGUAUUGAACUGAUGAUUCUGCUUCUUGCAUACCAAAUAUUUGGAAAAUGUUAUGGCGGUGCAGUUUCGCAUUUCAUGAUCACUAUAUCAAUAUGGUUCAUGGUGGGGACAUGGCUUUUUGCUCCUUUCCUCUUCAAUCCAUCAGGCUUUGAGUGGCAAAAGAUUGUUGAUGAUUGGGCGGAUUGGAAUAAAUGGAUAACCAACCAGGGAGGGAUAGGUGUAUCUCCAGAAAAAAGUUGGGAAUCUUGGUGGGAAAAGGAACAAGAGCAUCUCCGUUAUUCUGGGAAGUGUGGUAUUAUUGUUGAGAUAUUUUUAGCAUUGCGCUUUUUCAUCUAUCAGUAUGGGCUUCUAUAUCAUUUGAACCUUACCAAGGAAAAAAAAUGCUUUCUGGUUUAUGGAGUUUCAUGGCUUGUGAUCGUUGUCAUAUUGUUGGUGAUGAAGGUUGUGUCCGUUGGAAGGGGACGUUUGAGUGCACAGUUCCGGCUUUUUUUCCGAAUGAUCGUGGGUCUAUCUUCGUUGGCAUUCCUUUCUGUUUUCCUUCCUUCAAUACCAGUUCCCCAUUUGACACUUUGGGACAUAAUAGUCUGCAUUCUAGCACUCACACCAACAGGAUGGGGAUUGAUCCUGAUUGCACAAGCUAGUAAGCCACUGAUUGAACAAGCUGGAUGUUGGGGAUCAGUGAGGGCACUUGCUCGUGGCUAUGAAAUAAUCAUUGGCUUGCUUUUGUUCACCCCAGUUGCAUUCUUUGCCGGGUUACCAUUUGUUUCAGAAUUCCAAACGCGAAUGCUCUUCAACCAAGCAUACAGCAGAGGUUUACAGAUUUCCCGUAUUCUUGGUAGACACAGGAAUAAUCGCUCCACUGAUAAAAAGUAAAUGCGUUCCCUGCAAAAGUUUUAUCAACUUCAAUAUCUCCUCAGUCUCAGUGUUUACAGUUUAAUAUCAUCUGGAGAAACAAUUUCGUUGAUGCGCUCUUAUACAUGUCUCUUUUUAUUAUAAGACACAGGAUAUCAAUAUGUAAAUUGUGCCAGCUACUUGGUUUUGUUUAUCUGGCCUUCCUAUCAGUUUAAAGUUGACAAUAUAAGCCGUUUGCAUGUCUAUUUCAUUUCGGUUUGAAAAUUGCUUAUUGUACGGUGUUUAUAAAAAAAUAUUGUUUUUUGUAACUUCUAUAUUAAAGUAGUUGAAGGCCCAUGCAUCGCAUGGUUUGAUUAAAAA